AUGGGGACCACCAGCAACCUCCAGACGCAGAAAAUGAAUGACUCAUUGAAGUAUCCUGGAAGAGUAGCCUGUGACACAGGCGGAAUAAAGAUGUUUUGGGAGAAAAAAAUUGAGCAUCAUGAAAAGCAAGUGCAGAGGGAGGACCUGAGGGUCCGAGGCAGCGCCCUGAGCAGGCUCCGCGUGGAGUGGGCUGAGAGGCUGGCAGGAAGAAACAAGAUGCUACAGAGGCCCCAGGAGGGGCCUACAUCUUUCCACACCCGGGAUAAGACCAUGGCCUGA